AUGUGGCUCCUGGCGCUGUGUCUGGUGGGGCUGGCGGGGGCUCAGCGGGGGGGAGGGGGUCCCGGCGGCGGCGCCCCGGGCGGCCCAGGCCUGGGUCUCGGCAGCCUCGGGGAGGAACGCUUCCCAGUGGUGAACACGGCCUACGGGCGAGUGCGCGGCGUGCGCCGCGAGCUCAACAACGAGAUCCUGGGCCCGGUCGUGCAGUUCCUGGGCGUGCCCUACGCCACGCCCCCCCUGGGCGCCCGCCGCUUCCAGCCGCCCGAGGCCCCCGCCUCGUGGCCCGGCGUGCGCAACGCCACCACCCUGCCGCCCGCCUGCCCGCAGAACCUGCACGGGGCGCUGCCCGCCAUCAUGCUACCCGUGUGGUUCACCGACAACCUGGAGGCGGCCGCCACCUACGUGCAGAACCAGAGCGAGGACUGCCUGUACCUCAACCUCUACGUGCCCACCGAGGACGGUCCGCUCACAAAAAAACGUGACGAGGCGACGCUCAAUCCGCCAGACACAGAUAUCCGGGACUCCGGGAAGAAGCCGGUGAUGCUGUUUCUGCAUGGCGGCUCCUACAUGGAGGGCACCGGGAACAUGUUCGAUGGCUCUGUCCUGGCCGCCUACGGCAACGUCAUCGUAGCCACGCUCAACUACCGGCUUGGGGUGCUCGGUUUUCUCAGCACUGGGGACCAGGCGGCAAAAGGCAACUAUGGGCUCCUGGACCAGAUCCAGGCCCUGCGCUGGCUCAGUGAGAACAUUGCCUACUUUGGGGGCGACCCCGAGCGCAUCACCAUCUUCGGAUCUGGGGCGGGGGCCUCCUGUGUCAACCUCCUGAUCCUCUCCCACCAUUCGGAAGGGCUGUUCCAGAAGGCCAUCGCCCAGAGUGGCACUGCCAUUUCUAGCUGGUCUGUCAACUACCAGCCGCUCAAGUACACGCGGCUGCUGGCGGCCAAGGUGGGCUGUGACCGGGAGGACAGCGCCGAGGCCGUGGAGUGUCUGCGCCGGAAGCCUUCUCGGGAGCUGGUGGACCAGGACGUGCAGCCCGCCCGCUACCAUAUCGCCUUUGGGCCCGUGGUGGACGGUGACGUAGUCCCCGAUGACCCUGAGAUCCUCAUGCAGCAGGGAGAAUUCCUCAACUAUGACAUGCUCAUCGGUGUCAACCAGGGAGAGGGCCUGAAGUUCGUGGAGGACUCGGCAGAGAGCGAGGACGGCGUGUCUGCCAGCGCCUUCGACUUCACCGUCUCCAACUUUGUGGACAACCUGUAUGGCUACCCGGAGGGCAAGGAUGUGCUGCGGGAGACCAUCAAGUUUAUGUACACGGACUGGGCGGACAGGGACAAUGGCGAGAUGCGGCGCAAGACCCUGCUGGCGCUCUUUACCGACCACCAAUGGGUGGCGCCGGCUGUGGCCACCGCCAAGUUGCACGCCGACUACCAGUCCCCUGUCUACUUCUACACCUUCUACCACCACUGCCAGGCUGAGGGCCGGCCUGAGUGGGCAGACGCAGCGCAUGGGGACGAGCUCCCCUACGUCUUUGGUGUGCCCAUGGUGGGCGCCACUGACCUCUUCCCCUGCAACUUCUCCAAGAAUGACGUCAUGCUCAGCGCCGUGGUCAUGACCUACUGGACCAACUUCGCCAAGACUGGCGACCCCAACCAGCCGGUGCCACAGGACACCAAGUUCAUCCACACCAAGCCCAACCGCUUCGAGGAGGUGGUGUGGAGCAAGUUCAACAGCAAGGAGAAGCAGUACCUGCACAUCGGCCUGAAGCCGCGCGUGCGCGACAACUACCGCGCCAACAAGGUGGCCUUCUGGCUGGAGCUCGUGCCGCACCUGCACAACCUGCACACGGAGCUCUUCACCACCACCACGCGCCUCCCUCCCUACGCCACGCGCUGGCCGCCGCGCCCGCCCCCUGGCGCCCCGGGCACUCGCCGCCCGCCGCCUCCGGCCACCCUGCCGCCCGAGCCCGAGCCCGAGCCGGGCCCCCGGGCCUAUGACCGCUUCCCCGGGGACUCCCGAGACUACUCCACGGAGCUCAGCGUCACCGUGGCCGUGGGCGCCUCCCUCCUCUUCCUCAACAUCCUCGCCUUCGCUGCCCUCUACUACAAGCGGGACCGGCGGCAGGAGCUGCGGUGCAGGCGGCUCAGCCCCCCCGGCGGCUCGGGCUCCGGCGUGCCCGGCGGGGGCCCCCUGCUCCCUGCGGCCGGCCGUGAGCUGCCACCCGAGGAGGAGCUGGUGUCGCUGCAGCUGAAGCGGGGCGGUGGCGUCGGGGCGGACCCUGCGGAGGCCCUGCGCCCCGCCUGCCCGCCCGACUACACCCUGGCCCUGCGCCGCGCGCCGGACGAUGUGCCUCUCUUGGCCCCCGGGGCCCUGACCCUGCUGCCCAGCGGCCUGGGGCCACCCCCUCCCCCGCCGCCCCCCUCCCUCCAUCCCUUUGGGCCCUUCCCCCCACCGCCCCCCACCGCUACCAGCCACAACAACACGCUCCCCCACCCCCACUCCACCACUCGGGUAUAGGGGGCGGCUCGG